AUGACGACCGCAGUCCCGGAAGUGUCAGUCUCGGUCGUCACUCCGGCGCAGAGCGGUGGCUCACCCGACCAUCUCAAGUCCUCGUGGCUGGUGAAACGGCUAUUUGAUGCGUUUGCAGACGCCGUUGUCGAACAAUCCAACGAGGCAGGGAUCCCUGGGAAUCGCAGCAAGUCCAUGAUCUCGUACUGCAUUUCGCCAUUUGCGCUGCUGUGCAUGCUGACAGCAACCAUUCUCAACCGUAUAGUCAUUUUUGCCAGCACAAGAACCAACAAAAGACUACCAAGAGUGUCCAAGAUCCUGCUGCGACUGACAGCGAUCUACCUGCUAAUGGAGGGCAGCUACGGACUUCUUUCCGCGCUCAAGCUAUACACACAGUCGCCGCUGCUUAAGAAGCUGAUCCCCCGCUACUACGACUUCGACAAGGACACCUUUGCAAGCUACACGUUUCUGGGGCUCAGUUACAGUCCGGAGUAUUUUGCGCGAACGACAAUCUUUAAAGACGAAAAAACAACAUUUUACGGCCCGACGCCUGCAAUUUUGAAACCGUUCUACCUGGCGCUGUGUCUCAGCCAGGUGCUCGAGACGUUUGUUGCCGUCACGAGCGGGUCUGAGCCCUGCAUCGAGAACGGGCUCACGCUGUUCGAGUACUCGCUGGCGUUCCAGGAAGUGCAGACUGCAAACCGGCCGUCGACGGAACUUUUGCUCAUCGGGGCCACUGCGCUCGCACACCAGCUCAAUAUUCAUCUGCUCGGUCUCUUUGACAAGCAGAAAUACCGGCUUAUUUUUUCCAUGCUUAUUGGCACCUUCACACUGACACUGUACACCAAAACGUUUAUAUCCGGCAGAAUCACGUACAUGCCGUUCACCGUUGUGAUGGGCUACCUGCCGCAGAUGAUCACGCUGCUCGUGAUAGUGUCCAGUCUGCUGAUUUUCCUGCUUGCGGCGCUGUUUAAAGGCUCGUUCUCCGAUCUCACCUUCAGCACGCUGACCCAGCACCUCGACUCGAUCGACGUCUCCCUGGCAGACGAUUUCUACACGGCCUUGAUCAACAUGGGCACAUUUGUCAUCAACGCCGCGUCCAAACAGAGUUACGUCAAGGAAUUCGACACCAUCAAAGUGCCUGCCACCACCUACCUCGAGGCUGCACAGCCCGGAUACGGCAGAAAAAUCGACAACCAUCCGGAACUGGCUGCGCACCAGCUGCAGCAGCGGAAGAAACAGUCCAAGCUGUGGAUGGUGAUGCGACGGACCCAGGAUAUGCGGCGACUACUGUUUGGGUUCGCCAAGAUGCUUGGCGGGCUGGUCUGGGGACAGCACUCUGUGGCCGACGACGACCGCGUCGUGGGCGACGUGCGUGAGGAGGACUGGCGCAGGCUGCGCGAACGCAACGCUCAGAUGCUGCUCAGCGAGCGUGUGAACGUUGAUGAGCUCGAUGAGCAACAGUUGCAGCAAAACUACGCACAGCUUCUGCUCAGCUACCAGCUGUCGGACUUCGAUUCCUCGGCAGACUACAGCCCUGAAAUUUUGGAGAGCGAGAGUGAGCUCGAAGACGAGAGCGGCGCCGAAAACGAGCUUGGCCAGUUGGUUUCUGCACAGGACCUGGAGUCUUUAGUCGAUCCGCGGUCGCCAGAAGAGAUUCAGUUUGCCCGCAUUCUACAACAGCACCUGCAUUCGUCGUCCACGCUCACGCGGCGUAGGUUCAGCGAGAACUACACGCCAGACCUGCGCCUCAUGGACCUCAUCAGGGAGAAACGCGUCGUCCAUGACGAAGAUUUGGGUAACUGCGUGAUCUGUCACGUGAACGCGCGUCAGGUGAUCUUGUGGCCGUGCAAGUGUCUUGCGAUCUGCGAGAGCUGCCGCGUGUCGCUGUUUGUGCGCAACUUCAACGAGUGCGUGUGCUGCCGGUCGAAGGUUGACGGGUACAGCAAAGUGUAUAUUCCAUGA